AUGGCGGGAAUAGAGCAGCUCGAGGUGCACAGCAAGUCUUACAUUGUGCGAUGGGUCAAGGUCGACCAGGGCUUCAGUAUCUCCUGGAAUCUUCAGCCUCAUAAGAAAUCAUUAAAUUUCGGCAUCGUUAAACACCCCGGCUCCGGCGGAACAAACCUGACAGCCGCGAUUCCCGACGUCGACUCCACCUCCCAGACCACUGUGGCCGAGGCAAAAUCGAAGCCCUUUGCCAAGAAGGAUGCCUCCACUGCCCAAGACCAGCUCGCAGCCAAGGGUUUCAUACCCAUAAAAUGGCACGGCAAGUGCGAGGCGGACAAAGUGUCCAUGGGCAUAUAUGACGUCGGUCCAGGGCAGGGCGGCAUGUACGGCCUCGUUUUCGACAACACCUUCUCGAAGCAGACGGGGAAAACAGCCACCUUUGUGCUUCUAAUAUACCCCACCGACUCGCCGCCCCAGACCACUCACCACCUCCCCAACCUCGGCGUCGCCAACAAGGCGAGCGCCAGCAGCACCAGCCUCGGGCGUCACGGCAGUCCAGCCCUGAACCCUGUCGCCGCCGGCUCCUUUGAUAGCUUGCACAGCCAUGGUCCCGUCCCCGGCGGCGGCUCCGUGUCUGGUCGCGGCGAGGCGCCUCCCGCACCCAGCACCUACCAUGUUGGCAACCUUUUGAAGCGGAGGAGGAAGAAGGGCCAAGGCUAUGCUCGCCGCUUUUUCUCCCUCGACUACUCAUCUCUUGCUGCCAUUGCCGCCGACGAGAGCCGGCGCGAAAUUAGCAUCGACUCGGGCGCUGAGGUGUGGCAUCUCAAAGCCUCCAAUGCCAAGGAAUUCACCGAGUGGGCUCGCGGUCUCGAGAGGGCCAGUCGCAUCGCGCGCGGUCUCGAAGCCGCCCCUCAGCCCGCGACCGCCAUCCCCCGCCUGCAAGUCGAGGCCGCGCAAGCUUUGAGGGCGACCGCUGCCACAAAGCUCAAUCCCGAGGAGGAGAAGGAGUGGGAGCAGGUAGAGACCCUGGUGAGCCGUAUUGUGGGCACCCGGGACGCCCUGCGUCGACUGGCCGCCGCGCAGGGCUCCACCUCGCCGGUCCCUGGUUCGAGCUCCACCAACCUCGCGGUGCCGAGCCCACUUGGUAUCACGACGACGAUUAGUUCCGCGGGCACGAUCCGAAACGAAAAACGUCGAUCGAGAAGCGGGCAGCACGGCAGCCUUCACCACCACCAUUCGCACCCCGAGCUCACGACCGAGGAGCAUUGCCAAGCGCUGCUGACGGAUCUUGACUCGGUGUUGACCGAGUUUACCACGCUCAUUUCGAGGAGCAAGCGGCGGAGGCAGCCGGAGCACCCUCACUCACCGGCGUUGUCGAGGAAGAGCAUCGAGUCUACGACCACGGACGAAUUUUUUGACGCAGAGCAGGGCGGGGAGUCGGAGUCUCGCAUUGUUCGGAUCCAGCGUGACAAGGACGAACCUGUCUACUCGGACGCUGAUUACGUAUCGGUACACAGCUCGUCGGGGUCGUCGACGAUGACAGAAGAGGACCCGAGCGAGACGGUCCAGAGCUUCCCCGCCAAGCCCAAGAGCCUGGCGCCCCUACCCAUCAACGAGGUGGUCAAGCGGCGAACCGCCAUCCCCCCGCCACGACACCUCAGCACGAUUAGCAUGCCCGUAUCGGCCAACGAGCCCGUAUCGCUCCUGCAAAAGGUGGCGGAGCAACUCGAGUAUGCGCAACUGCUCGACCAGGCGGCGCAAGCCAAGAUGGAGAAGGAGCGGAUGCUUCUCAUGGCGGCGUUUGCCGUGUCGCAGUUCAGCAAUGCGCGCGCCAAAGAGCGCUCCAUCCGCAAGCCCUUCAACCCGCUGCUCGGCGAGACGUUUGAGCUCGUGCGCACCGAGUCGGACUCGCCUGGCGGAUUCCGACUGCUCGUGGAAAAGGUAUGCCAUCGGCCGGUGCGGCUGGCCAUGCAUGCCGACGCAGAAAAGUGGUCAUUUACGCAGGCGCCAGCACCAUCGCAGAAAUUCUGGGGUAAGAGCGCGGAGAUCAACACCGAGGGCCGCGUACGGGUAGCGCUUCGGUUGGCCGCGGACGGGUCGGACGAGUUCUACUCGUGGACCAUCGCCACCAUGUUCUUACGCAACGUGGUUGUGGGAGAAAAGUACGUGGAGCCUGUGGGCACGAUGACGGUGCUCAACGAGAGCACGGGAGCCAAGGCUGUAGUUGAGUUCCGCAGCAAGGGUAUGUUUGGCGGUCGCGGAGAGGAUGUCCAGGUCGAGACGUUUGACAGCAGCGGCAAGCAUACGGGCAGCAGCCUGUCGGGGACGUGGACAGGGUCCUUGCGGGUGGUGGAGGCCGGCAAGUCGGCGGGACGGGAGAUAUGGAAGGCGGGGGCGAUGGUCGAAAACGCAGCGCGGGCGUACGGAAUGACGGCGUUUGCCGCCGGGCUCAAUGAGAUUACGAUGAUUGAGGAUGGCCGGCUGCCUCCCACGGACGCGCGACUACGGCCCGAUCAGCGGCUCGCAGAGCAGGGCAACCUCGACGAGGCGGAGGACUGGAAAGUCAGGCUAGAGGAGGCGCAGAGAGCACGCCGCCGAGUCCUGGAGGAGAACGGAGAGGAGCACAAGCCCCGCUGGUUCGUCAAGGUGGCGGACGGCGCAGAGGGCGACGAGAUCUGGAAGAUCAAGGGGGCAAAGAGGGCUAUGUGA